AUGGCGCAUAAUCCGUUCCCGGAAUCAUGCCCCGUCUCUGAAUUCGCAACGCUAGGCAGAAGCCUGCAGCGGUGUGGCAAGAGCUGUCGGCUUCGGUGGGCCAACUACCUGCGGCCGGACCUGAAGCGAGGCACGUUCACGUGCGCGGAGGAGGACCUCAUCGUGGCGCUGCACAAGAGCAUGGGCAACAGGUGGGCGAAGAUAGCGCUGGAGCUGCCAGGGCGCACGGACAACGACAUCAAGAACCACUGGAACACGCGCAUCAAGAAGAAGCUCCGAGAGGAAGGGCUCGACCCCGACACGCACCUCCCCCUCUCCUCCCUCCCGCCAGAUCACGUACCCAGCAAGCCGCACAAGAGGGGCCCUCCCCCAGGUAGUGCCUCCACCCGCCCUCACAAGGGCGUCAAGAAGGCCCCCUUUCCUCUUGCUUCCACUGCUGCCACUGCAAGCACCGCGCAUGCAGCUCUUACUGCCGUGGUUCCAGGUCUUCAGAACACUGCUGCUGCUGCCACUGCUCUUUCUGAUCAUCAUGCUGCUUCUGCUGCGGCUGCUGCUGCUGCUGCUGCUGCUGCAUGCCUUACGCCUCCGGAUCCUUUCACUGCUGCUGCUUCCGCUGCUGUUGAUGAUGAUGGUGGUGUUGCGGCAACACUUCUUCCCCUGCCUCCUCCUGCCACACAUGGUACCGCUCCUCCUCCCCCCCUCGCCAACCCCACAGCCGCCACCGCAGGUCCAUCUACCUCUGCUUCCGCCUCUAUCUCUACCACCUCUGCCUCCUCCUCCCUCAAUCUCCCCUCCUCUCUCCCCUCCUCUCUCCCACUCUCUCUCCCCACACACGCGCCCAGCCACCCUGCGCCCCUCCAUCUUCCAGCCUUUGCUGCCACGUCUGCUGGUGGGAAUGCCUCAGGAGGCCAGUAUAGGUCGAAAGUGGAGCGGAUGGGUGUGGAGGAAGGGAGGGGAGGUGGAGGAGAGCAGUGUUUUCCCCAGGGGCAAAUGAAGGAAGAGAUGAGGGAGGAGGAGGAAGAGGAGGAGGAGGAGGAGGAGGAGGAGGAGGAGGAGGAGGAGGAGGAGGAGGAGGAGGAGGAGGAGGAGGAGGAGGAGGAGGAGGAGGAGGAGGAGGAGGAGGAGGAGGAGGAGGAGGAGGAGGAGGAGGAGGAGGAGGAGGAGGAGGAGGAGGAGGAGGAGGAGGAGGAGGAGGAGGAGGAGGAGGAGGAGGAGGAGGAGGAGGAGGAGGAGGAGGAGGAGGAGGGAGAAGAUGGAGAGAGCAGCAGAAAGGAUCAGCAGCAAUGGAGAGCUUGGAGCAAGCAGCUAAGGGGCUUGAGAGCCUUCUUACAGUUGCAACGGCUCAAGUCAGCGUAUGGUGCCGUGGGUGGUGGUGGUGGUGGUGUUGGUGGAAACAGGGACGCAUGGGCAAAGGCUGAGGAGCAGGGGGGGCUGUUUGAGACGUCUCAAAAGUCGUAUGGUGCCAUGGGUGGUGGUGGUGGUGGUGGUGGUGGUGGUGGUAACAGGGACGCAUGGGCCAAGGUUGAGGAGCAGGGGGCGGCGGAGGGGCAGCGAGCAGCGGCAAGCGCAGCUCUGGCACUACUGGGUGGGAAUGGCGUGUGGCGGAGUGAGAUGAGAGGCGGGCAACGAGGCAGAGGGGGGGUGCAGGGGGUGAAGGGCGAGGAGGGGCUCACACGGGAGGAUGGGAUGAGGGAGGAAAGGGGGAGGGAGAGUGAGAGAGGAGAGCGCAGGGGUUUUGAAGGGGGUGGGGAGAUGGGGGAGGGUGAGAGGGAGUUUGAGGGCGAUGGGGGAGGAUAUGGUGAGCACCUGCAGCGCGUGGCAUCGCUGCUUGCUGCCUCCAACCACCUGCCUCGUCCUGUGGGAGCGGCAGUGCCGGGGGUAACAGGAACAGGAAUGGAGGCUGGUGCUGGGGGUAGCGCUGCUGCUAUGGCAGCAGCAGCAGCGGCAGGAGCUGCUGCUGCUGCUGCUGCUGCUGCUGCUGGUGCUGCUGCUGCUGCUGGAGGGUCGUCUGGAGCAAUCGGAUCAUCAUCUACAUUUCUCCACCCUUACCCUCACCCCCCCUCAGGGCAGGUGCGUGGGGCGUGGGGGCGUGGAGAAGGGGCUGAGGGAGGAGAGGAGGAAGAAGAAGAGGAGGGGAAGGCAAUGCAGCAGGGGCAGAGCGAACAACCGAGGGGCGACGAUAAGGGAAGAAGGCUCAGAGAAUUAGAUCAAAAGGGGGGUGCUGGUGGUGAUGGUGGCAAUUGUGACGCUGCUGGUGAUGAAGAGGAGAACAAAAUCCCAGGCAGGAGAAGGGGGUUUGGGUCGCAGGAGCAACGGCAGAGUCAGGGUGCAGAGGAAGGUGAUGGAGAGAGGGUGGUCGGGGGAAGAACACAGACAGGGGCAGCAGCAGGGACAGGUGGAGAAAGGGAAGAUGAUAGAGUUGAAAACAGGAUUGGAGUCCAUGGGGCAGCGAUGGCCAGUUCUGGGACAUGGCAUCUGAAACAACAGAGACGGAGGGGGUGUCCAUGGGGCAGCGACGGCCAGUUCUGGGACAUGGCAUCAGAAACAACAGAGAUGGAGGGGGUGGUGCUGCCGAGCCCGCACAUCAUCCCGCCUACGCCCUUCAGUGCGGCUUUCCCCAAGCCGCACAGCGCGGGCGCAGCCGUGCGGGAGCUCACGGCGUUUGACAAGCCCUUGGUGUCCCCUGCUGUGCCCUUCUUUCCGCGCACGCGCUCGUUUAUGAAGAUGGUGCGGAGUAUUGCGGAGGAGGAGGGGGCGGAAGGGCAGGAGGGGGUAGAGGGAGGGGAGGGGCAGGGAGGGCAAGAGGGGCAGGAGGGGCAGGAGCGGCAGGAGGAACAGGAGGGGCAGGAGGGGCGGGAGGAGGAUGUGGAAGGGCGGGGUGGGAACAGUGGCGGUGUUGGCGAGGGUGCUGGUGAUGAUGGUGCCAGUGGAAGAGACGCUUCUGGUGCUGCUGCUGCUGCUGGUGAUGGUGGUGGUGGUGUUGGUGGUGGUGGUGUGGAGAGUGGUGAUGGUUGUGGGGGGAGUGGUAAUGAUGAUGGCGAUGGUGCUGGUGGUUUGAGCGGAGGGAGUGCCAGCGGUAGUGGUGCCGCGGCGGACCCGUCAACGAGUCUGGUGUCUCCGUUGCCGCUCAGCUACUCGCGCUCCAAUGCUGCGCCACGCACUAUCCCGCCACGCCCCUGGCUCUCCCUCGACAUCCACGACGCGCCUGACGACGCUCGCUGA